UUCUUCUCUUCUUCACUUGUGUUGUACUUUACUUUGUGUUCCCACUUCUUAUUCUCUCUCUCUCUUCACUCUCUGAACUCACUCUACUUCUUCUUCUUCCUCAACUCACCCAUUUUAGAUUUUAGAGAGAGAAACAAACAAACAGAGAGAGAGAAUGGAGAAAGCUCUGACAAAAGUAGGGAGCAUAAAGUCAGCUGCUGGAAGCUUCUGGAUUACUAAGAAGGCCAAAGAAGAACUCAUUGACAUCUCCCAAGAUAUCACUGCCGUCUCAAGUGUAGUGGAAGAGAAGGCAAAAUGGCUAUUCAACAAGUUAAAGGGAAAGCCAACAAAAAGUUUACCCGAACUUUUGAGAGACUACAACCUACCAACGGGCCUCUUCCCCGAGAACAUAACAUGCUACGAGUUUGACGAGACAAAAGCAAAGCUAAUAGUGUACCUCCCCCACCCUUCCGAGGUGAGUUUUAAGGACUCAUCAGUUAUAAGAUAUGCUACACGAGUGAAAGCGAUCUUGCUUAGGGGAAAGAUGAUGGGUAUCGAGGGAAUGAAGACCAAGGUGUUAGUAUGGGUAAAAAUUGCAAGUGUGGGUGUUGAAGGCUCUAAGUCUGACAAAGUAUGGAUCACUGCAGGAGUAAAGAAAUCUAAGCCUAGAGAUGCUUAUGAUACACCUCAUAUUGCUCGAAGAGUUGAAGAAUUUUGAGCUUUUUAGGGGUCUUGGAAAUUUGUCUAGUGGGGGGUAAAGUGAUUGUUUUUGAUCUAUAAUUAUCUGAUUCUUCAAUCCUUAUAUCGUACGAAAUGUUGGAGCUUCAAAAAUUAUAUGAUCAUGUUCUUAAUUUCUCAUCA